AUGAGGACUAUGAGGGAGCAGUGGGACUCGUUUGAGACUGAGAAACUUACAAAGGAAACAACAAAAGAUUUGCUAAGGCUGUGCGGGUUUACGCCCCGAGAAAGAGACAUAGUGGUGCCCAGAACAUUUGAAGAGUUUAGUCAGCUUGCAUCCGCCAUUGCGCCUCCGAUGCCCAAAGACGAGAUGAGGAGAAUGGUUCAGAUGUUUAUCCAUGGAACACAUAUUUCAAAGAAAGACCUCGGAAAGUACAUGUCCAUGGGAGACAAGUUAAAUGAAGAGGAGAUGGGAGAGCUCUUCAGAAGCUGUCCAUUUGAUAGAAACGGAGAGAUUACUGUUAGUGAGCUUCUCGACUUCCUGUAUGACUCGCAAUAA